CUUUUCCCUUGCUCGUCCCUGCUAGCUUCAGCCUGCAGCCGAGCCGCUGGAUCAUCUCAUCUCAUCGAUCAAGAUCGCUUCUCCUGUUAAGCCAUCGGAGAAGCAAUGCUGGCAGCAGGACUAGAUCCGCUAGUGGCGUUCUGGAAGGAGUGGGGGAUCCAGAUGCUGGUGCUGCUGAGUUUAGCACUGCAGGUGAUUCUCCUCGUCACGGCGGAGAUCCGCCGUCGCAAAGAUUCGGGCGUGCUGAGGGUCGUUGUGUGGUCGGCGUACCUGCUGGCCGACACGACGGCGAUAUACACUCUUGGACACAUGUCCGUGACCAGCAGGUCGCCGGAGCAUGAGCUGGUGGCGUUCUGGGCGCCGUUUCUGCUACUGCACCUUGGUGGUCAGGACAACAUCACGGCCUACUCCAUCGAUGACAACCGGCUGUGGCUGCGCCACCUGCAGAGCUUCGUCGUGCAGGUCCUUGCGGCCGCCUAUGUCCUCUACGAGUCAUCCAUCUUCGUAGGCGGCCGCCAGACCAUGCUCGGCCAGGCCACCCUCCUCAUGUUCGUGGUUGGUGUUGUCAAGUACGGGGAGAGAGUAUGGGCACUCAUGUCUGCCAGCAGCAGUUCCCUGUCUGGGAAGAACUACAACAGUUUUGGCAGGUUGCAUUUUGAGAGACCCAAUACUACCAUUACUUCGUUGCCGGCACCAUUUCUAGCUCAUGACUUGUUGAACGUACCCAAGCAUCUGCUUAAGGGGCCGUUACCUCUUUUGGCAUUUGACUCGAAACUAGGUUAUUUUAGCUGGGAGGACAUGUACCAUGUUGCUGAGAUCCAACUCUCGUUGAUGCACGACGUCUUCUACAGCAAAGCUGAGUUGAUCCACACUUGGUACGGGUAUUGCAUCCGUGUUGCCUUCCUGCCGGCCACUGUCACCGCAUUGCUGCUGUUCCGUCGAGUAGGUGACAAAGAUGAUUUCAGCAAAGUAGAUCUCGUUGCCACUUAUGUUUUGCUCUCUGGAGCCGUCGUCCUGGAGAUCACAUCAGUGCUGAGGGCCAUGUCCUCCACCUGGAUUUGCCCGUUUUGCGAGCGCAUCCUCAAUCAAAGUUCCAUGCUUUCUAUUCCAUUGUUGUGGCUUCUUCUCCUUGUAUUUGCAUUUGGGGAGCUCGUCGGACGGGCAAUACAGAAAGUAGGAAUACUUAAGAGGUACUGGUCAGGCUCCAUGGGGCAACACAACUUUAUUUACAUGUGCAGCCACUGUAAGGAUAGCCGAAGCAGCAAAACUGCGAGAUGGAUGGGAAGGGAGGACUGGUGGAACACACUGGUUUACACGUCCUCGUCUGUCCCCGUCUCAGAAGAUUUCAGUAUGAUGUUGAAGGAACAACUAAGGGGAAGUGUAGGCGUCACCAAAGAGAAUCGAGACCACAUCCAAAACUCAAGGGGCCUGGCGGCGCUGAAGAAGAGGGGGUUGCAUGAGGAGCUGGCCUGGAGCGUGGACUCUGAGCUGGAUGAGAGCAUCCUGGUUUGGCACAUCGCCACUGAUGUCUACCUCAGCUGGUACGAGGCGGAACAUAAACGCCUGCCACCUCCUGCAAAGGUAACCCAGGAGCUCUCCAAUUACAUGAUGUUUUUGCUCGCAGCACGUCCCUACAUGCUGCCUGACAAUGCUACUCGCCAAAGGUAUAUUGAACUGUGCAACAAGGUGAUCUAUCAUCUGAAACUGCAAUACAGCUCGGCCGAGGAUUUGAUCAAGUUAAUGCAGGGCCAUGGAGAUGCUCUCAACGCUGAACAAACUCAGCCUGCCGUUGUCGAUAUGCCUGCUGCUACAACCAAAGAGAGUAGUGUAACAUUUGACAGAGCGUGUCAGCUUGGCUCGAAGCUGAUUAGCAAAGGGCUGGAAACACCUGAUGCCAUGCUUGAUCUGAUCAGCCAAGUGUGGGUGGAGAUGCUCUGCUACACGGGAUACCGAUGCAGGCCAGAUUCUCAUGCCAGACAGCUGAGCAGUGGCGGCGAGAUCACCACCGUCGUUGCCAUUUUGAUGGAAUUGUUGAAAACCGAUUUUCUGAACUUCAACAGUGGGUUGAGGACGGUGGUGACCAGAAGUUGAUACAAUUAUCUGCCUAAAUAAGCAUCUCAAAUAUGUGGAACUUCACGGGUAUCGUGGUAAGUUUAUAACACUAUAGGGGAGGAGAAUUUGCAAGUUUUCUUAUGGCUGGGGCAAAAGUCCUCAGGGCCAUGCGAAUGAUGUAAGGUGGUAAAGCUUCGUCGAAAGCUCAACUUAGCUUUGAAUGGAGGAGCGACAUGACUAACCUCCAACGCGAAGUUGACAGUUACAACAUGCGCGAAGUUUGUAUUGUUUGAGCUCGGGAUUAGAACGACGCAAUCGAGUAAGCAUCAAAUAGUUUGCUUCACGGGAGAUGAUAACCAUUCCUUACCAAUCCAGCUCGUUGUCAAAGCAAUCUUCAAGUUGACUGAAUCUUUCUCGGUCAGUGAAACUACGACACCGAAGCUCAAGAAACCACAACAGGCUUGUU